AUGCGUAGUCACUUGCCGUCCACUGAGCGCGCGCACUUUAGUCAGUACAAGAGUGCUAAGACCUUGUACGACGCUGUAGUUGCACGCUACUCUUCCCCUGCCACUGCUGCCCUUAGCCGCCUCAUGCUGCCGUACCUGUUCCCUGACCUCGCCGCCUUUCCCACAGUCGCUGACCUCAUUACGCACCUUCGCACUAGUGACACCUGCUACCGCGCUGCCCUUCCUCCUGAGUCGGUGCUGCGUCUGCCCCUAGCGGGAGACGCCGCACCGGCAAGGGCAAGGGGGGCAAGGGCGCUGGAGGGGCUGGCGGGGGCGGUGGAGGUGGCGGUGGAGGCGGCGGAGGGAGUGGGGGGGGCGGUGGGAUUGGUGGCGGGGGUGGGGGCUUCGGUGGCGACGGUGGAGGCGGAGGCGGCGGCGGCGGUGGCGGUGGAAGCGGAGGAGGAGGCGGUGGCGGCAGUGGCGGAGGUGGCGGCGGCGGAGGUGGAGCUGGUCGGGCGGGGUGGGGGUGCUGGUCCUUGUGCCUACGUCCUGCGUACCGGCGACCGCACUGGUGAGCCGUGCGGUGGCCCGCACACCACCCAGCGCUGCUUCGGCCGCCUGACGGACGCUUGGCGUCUCCAGUUCCCUGACGCCACUGAGAUCCCCCGCUGGGGCGAGCUGCUUAGGUCAGGGGUUGCUAUCUUUGAUCUGGAUUAUGAUGCCAUUCUUGCUGCCAUGUAUCUUGUGUCUACUAGUGAUGAGGGUGACUGUUACCUGUGUGUUCCGCCUGACCCGGGCAUUGAGGCUGCUGCUCUAGGUGCUGGUGAGGCUGCUUCUCUAGGUGCUAGUGCGUCUGCUGCCCCAGGUACUGGUGCGUCUGCUCUCUCAGGUACCACGUCGGCUCAGGCCUUACACACCUUCACCCUUGACUCGGGUGCUUCUCGCUCCUUCUUUUGA